AUGACGUCUGUCAGUGGGGAUGUAAAUACGUCCAAGUUGAAGUUUAGUGUGGAUAGUAUACUUGGGAACAAUGAAACGUCAUCAAGUGCCCAAGUGACGGAAGCGCGAACACAAGAGCCUCCUUGUGCAGGAUGUGUGGCUGCUUUAUACAGAUGCUGUAGAGACGAACCUCCUCUUCUUCAGCUACAACUACCCUUGUCUUAUGCACAUUUGCAUCCUGCUUUAAGGCCUACGUCAGCUGUAUACCGACUGCCAAUACCAACAUCAUCGCCGACGCAAUCAGCAGCGCCGCGUUGCGACGUCUCCUCCAGCGGUAAAAGAAAACGUUCAUGGUCCCGUGCAGUCUUUAGCAAUUUACAACGAAAAGGCUUAGAAAGAAGGUUUCAAAUACAGAAGUAUAUUACUAAACCAGAUAGGCGGCAGUUAGCCGCUACGUUAGGCCUUACUGAUGCACAGGUUAAGGUAUGGUUCCAAAAUCGACGAAUGAAAUGGCGGCACACGAAAGAGGGCCGUGCGGGACUUGGUGCAGUCACUGCUCGUGAUCCUGACUCUACAGCCAAUGAUGAUAACGAAGACAUAGAUGUCGAUACAUUGAGUGAUUAGUGCAAAAGGACACUUUCUUAUUGCUUGAGCUAUAUAUAAAAUAAAUAAUAUUACAACUCACGUCGAAUAUAGCAUAAUUAUUACUAAUUAUAAGCAUUUAUUCUAUUGUCAUAUAAUUAUUGCUACAUAAAACUGUUUUGUUGUUUACGACAUUGAUGGUAUUGAAAUGUGAUAGUCUAUGGACAUUAGUCAAAAAUUAUUCUAAGGGUCGAUAUA